AUGGCAGAAAGUCCUAUAGAAAUCCAAGCUGGAUGCAUAAAGAUACAAAUAGACGUAGAGCAGCUGUUGGAUGCAUACAAGUUGUUUGCUCACGCUCAAACGGAAAUGGGCUCAUUUCUACAAGAACACGGGGAAUACAACGUGUUCUCGCACAUUCUUAACAACAGCAUGUCGAUAUGCGACCAAGAAAACGCUGAAAAUACGCCUAGGAAAAAAUUGGCUACUAUCAUGGUAAAAGGGUACAUUUUGCAUUUGAUAGUAGAAAACCCGAACAGAUGCGAGUAUGUGCACCAGUUUUGCAGCGCAAUUACGCGCGGCCUGAUAGGGGAAGAGGCUGGAGACUCUGGAAGCAGCAAAAAACAAGAGAGAAAGGACGCCAUUAAAGCAGCCUUGAGCGUGGACAAAACAGUUCCUGGGAAAACUUUGGGGAAACAAAUAGAGCAGGGUAUGGCCUGCUUCGUUAAGGACUUUGACGAAUUAGCCUCCGCAUCCCGGGCAAAUGCGUUGAAAUACGUUUAUUUUGUUCAAAAAUAUGUGGAGUUGUAUGAAUUCUACAUUCUGCUGGAUCGGUCAUCUUGGCUGUUGGACUUGGUGAUCAACAUGCGCGCAUUAGAGGAGGAGGCUGCAGGGCGUGCUCUAACCGGAUCUUUUUUCUCAAUAGAUGGCAUUUAUUGUCUGCUAAAUCAGGAGCCCUUAAGUCUGCGAGAAAUUGCAAGGGUUCUAGGAGGCUUGGAAUCGGCCUUGCUAAGGGGAGAGAGCAUAGAACAGCAGGUGCAAAGCCUGUCACCAGAAAACAUAGAUCUUAUUAUAGGCAUUCGGUGCAGCUUAAGCAACAUAUUAUGCGAGAGAAAGAUUUUCUUCAGCACAAUAUGCCUGUAUGACCGGUUUGACACUUUGGGCCAACCCCCACGCAGCAUAAAAAUAUGCAGGCUCCUGAAAAAUACACGGCAUUUAUUUAGCAGGACCGUCAAUCUGAACCUUGCAUAUUCCUUUUUUGACUACACGACGGACAUAAUCCAGUUGUGUAAGAUCAUAUGCAAUGAUCUGGAAAAGAAGCUGGAAAAAGUUGAAGCCCAGAUUUCCAAGCUGAGUUUUAAAAGGCUGCAGACACCGGACCCUGUAAACGAGACGAUUCUAGAGUUCAACAAAGAAAAUCGGGCUGAAAUACAAAAGGCUAUUAAUAAACGAAUCAAUGGGCGCUACAAGGCAGAUGCCGAGUUGGCGUUACUAUGUGCGCAGUUUGAAAACAUUUCAAAGUAUCUCGGGUUGAUGAAAGAUUAUCUGGAGUUAUCCCCUGAGCAGAAGAAAUAUCUGACAUAUAAUACAAAACAAUAUGCAGCGAUUCUUGCGGCGAGAGUACAUACUGAAGAGCUCCUUCAAAACCAGCAUACGGAGAUGUUUUGUUACAUAGCAGUCGCCGUGUAUGUAUUUUUCGUGCUUUUUCCAACAUUUGCGACUUGGUUCUCAAGCAUGGGAAAAAAAGCUCUGCAAUAA